AUGAGGGUGACGCUGCUGGUGUUGGUUGGGGUACUUGUCCAACUCUUGUCGGUCAGCUCAAACAUGAGGGAUCCGGUUAAUCAGGGACCUCGCUUCAGCUAUGAUUCGGACCCACAAAAUGCCAUUGGUCAUUCUAUAGAGUUUGAACCGCUGGAACCUGGGCCGGUGCGAGCCACGGGCGUGCCGUAUAGGCACGGAGAGUACAUGCUGCACAACUUUCACCUGCACUUUGGACCUGUCAUUGGUGGGGGUCGUAGAUAUGGUAGCCGGACUCUGGUAGCCUCCUCAGAGCACACGCUGGCAGGACGGAAAUAUGACGGUGAGUUCCAUAUGUUUCUCCGUAACCGGCGUUACAGCACCCUACAAGAUGCGGAGACAAAGAAGGACGGGCUUGUGAUUCUGGCUUUCUUCGUGCAGAGACAACCAUCAAGGUACCGACGCCAAAUGCAGCCCUUGUUUUCAUCAUUUCUAGAGAAAUAUGUGCCCAGAGUAUGCCAGUCACAAUCGAACAUUUCUGCGGUGUUAGAUCUGCGCAUGCUCGAACGGAAGUGCGAGUUCUACACAUACACUGGAAGUACGACAACGCCAACGUGUCACGAGUUUGUCAAGUGGGUCAUCUUCCGGGAGCCCAUUCCCGUUACCGAUGAGGCGUGGUACCAACUCACUCUGCUGCAAACAGGACGAGACUCUCGUGCAGAGGACGGAAACUGCCGAAUCACACAGCCACUGAACAGACGUGUGGUCGAGUCCAAUUUUCCACUGAGGAAAGCUGCUGGAUAUUAUUCCUUUAACGGCCAAAAUGUAGAGCCCAAUUUUCCGCUGUGGAAAAUAGGAAACUGGUGGCAGACAAGAACUAUGAGGAGUUACAAAGGAUCUAGGAAACCAAAGUUUGAUAGUUUCAUACCAACUCAAACUUCAAAGAUGCAAUAUUACUAA